AUGGCCCCCUUUAUGGAUCUCUACAACCAAAUCCUGUCUCUCUUGAUUCAACUUAGACGCUCUAUCAAAGAAACGAAGAGGACAUAUCCGGGAGCUUUCAACCGGAAUCCGGAUGACCGCAGCGGCACUAUCAUCCCUACUCCAACAGAAAUGGCAGCGCUUGUGGAGCAUAUGCUCCAGGUUGGCCCGCUAGUCGACGCCUUGGUGAUCAUCGCCACUGAGGACUGGGAUCGGCGGCUGGCUCAGGACCACAGACGACAAUUCUUGUUGCUACAGGAGGAGGUGCUCCAGAUGCUGCAGGAUCUGAAGAAGUUGGAGAGUACUAACCAGGGGAACGAUGGACCCUCAGCUGGUACCGUUGACUAA